AUUAUAAAUGACAUUUUUCAGUCGCCUAUAGAAUAAUAACUUUAUAUCACAGUCGUUACAAUGGUUGCCUACGUGCAGAGCUUGAAAGGAGUGUGGGCAAGAAUUUUUUACUUUCAAAUUAAAGCCGCUUUCUGUAUAUUACUAAUAGUUCGUAAAGCGCAUUUAUACUAGACGGUCAACUUGAAUUUAUCUGUACAAUUCUUUUUUUAAAUUACACUAUUAGUCAAUUACAAUCAACGAAAAAUCCUUAAAUAAUAUUAAUUGUAAAUAAUCAUUUAAAUCAAAUGACAAAAUUUAAAAUAAAAUAAGAAUUUAAUUCAGAGGAAAUUAAUUAAAAUGCCGCUUUUUAAAUAUGCUGUAAACCGUUGGAGUAAAGUUUGUAAAUUUAGCACUUUGCCCGAGAUACCAGAAUGUAAACAUGUUCCAUCUGCUUAUCAUGGUCCCGAUUAUAAUUCGAUAUUAAAGGCACAAUUUGAAAACGUGUCUCCAAGUUUGAAACCCUUUUACAAAAAACCACUACUACUUCAUGAAGGAAGAUCUCAAUGGCUUUGGAAUCAUGAAGGAAAACGAUUUCUUGAUAUGUUUGCUGGAAUCGCUACCGUUUCAGUCGGACACUCACAUCCAAAAAUUGUGGCAGCAGCAACGGAACAAAUGUCCAAACUUGGAUACACGCCGACAAUUUACAUGCAACCACGUGUACUCGAGUACGUUGAGAAAUUAACAAACAAAUUACCUGGAGAUUUGAAGGUGGUUUAUCUAGUGAACUCGGGAUCAGAAGCAACGGAACUGGCUUUUUUGAUGUCAAGAGUGUAUACCGGAAAUCAUGACAUAAUUUCUCUAAAAAAUGCUUAUCACGGAGGAACUUAUGCUGCCUCAACUGCAACAGCAAUGUCUAACUUUAGGCAUUCAAUUUCUCGACCUCCAGGACACAUCCACGUAAUGAAUCCCGAUGUAUAUUUAGGACCGUGGGGUGGCUCUAGGUGUCGAGACACUCCAAUUUUAUUAAGAACAAGAAAAUGUCAUUGUGUCAAAAACGAAUGCAAAGCAUCUGAAAAGUAUUUUUCCGAAUUUCUCAAUACUUUCAAAUUUUCUUUACCAAAAGAUGGAAAUCUUGCAGCUUUUAUUGCUGAAAGCAUUCAGGGAAUUGGAGGAGUAGUGCAAUUUCCGAAAAAUUAUUUAAAUAAAGUUGUGAAUCAAGUUCAUAAAACUGGAGGUCUUUAUAUUGCUGAUGAAGUGCAAACUGGUUUUGGAAGAACUGGAGAACAUUUUUGGGGAUUUGAAUCUCAGGGUGUACAACCGGAUAUUGUCACAAUGGCAAAAGGAAUUGGAAAUGGAUUUCCUUUGGGAGCUGUUGUUACCACGCCAGAAAUUGCGAAUGCGUUAAAUAAAGCUUCUCAUUUUAACACAUUUGGCGGGAAUCCACUAUCUUGUGCAGUAGGGUCUGCAGUUCUUGACGUUAUAGAAGAAGAGGAGUUACAAAAAAAUUGUUUGGAAGUGGGAACACAUUUGCUUCAUAGACUGAGCACACUGAUGUUAGAAUAUCCAAAUAUAAUUGGAGAUGUUCGAGGGAAAGGACUAAUGAUUGGUGUGGAACUUAUUAAUGACCCUUUAACUAAAGAAUCUCUUGACACUCAGUCUGUGUCAGGCAUUUUUGAAGAUAUGAAAGACAUGGGAGUUUUAGUCGGCAAAGGAGGUGUAAACGGAAAUGUAUUAAGGCUAAAACCGCCAAUGUGCGUAACAAAGCAGGAUGCAGAUUUUACUUUAGAAGUAUUGAAAAACGCCAUACAAAGACAUCAAGAUAAAAUCUUGAUUGACAAGGAAUCUGUAUUUAUGAAUUCUAAUUGAAUGGCUAUUUUUAGAAAAAUUUAUUCAAUGCUACGAGGUGAUAUUAUAUAAUCAACAUGUAUACAUUAUGAGAAUCUUAAAAGACAAUGAAAAGAGAAAAAUAAUUAUUUUUCCAUUUUUCAUUUAUUUUUACAUUUUUUGUAUGAUACAUUUGUACAAUGUUAUAUUUAUAAUAAAGUGAUUAAGUGUUA